UCCUCCCCACGUGGCCCGGGAGCAGCAGCAGCGGCGGCGGCUGCAAGGCUGCAAUCGCGGGGCUGCAACUUUUGCAAAAUCCGAGCCUUCGUUCCCGGGGAUGGGUCUCCUUCCGGUCGGAUCCGAGCCGUGAAAAGCGGUGCCCCAUCGGGAAAAAAGGGGCAGCUUGGCUGCUGCCCCCCGGCUGAUCCCUGGUCCUCCCCCGGGGGACGGCGAUGCCCUUAUCCUGCUUGGGGCGGAAGAGACGUAGGAUGGCCGAGGAGCCGGUGACCGUGGCCAACAGCCAGGCAAAAAGGCUGAACAGCGGAAAAGAGGAGGAGGAGGAGGAGGAGGAAGGAAAGCCAGGGGAGAACGGACACGUGGUGAAACGGUUCAAAGCCGGCGAGGAAGAGGCUGAGGAUGAGAUCAAGAGGUUCCCAAAGAGGAAGAUCGUGCUGCUCAUGGCGUAUUCCGGAAAGGGCUAUCACGGCAUGCAACGUAAUACAGGAAGUGCUCAGUUCAAGACGAUUGAGGACGACUUGGUAUCAGCCCUCACUCAGUCAGGGUGCAUCCCAGAGGACCACGGGGAAGACAUGAAGAAAAUGUCUUUUCAGCGAUGCGCCCGGACAGACAAGGGCGUUUCCGCAGCCGGGCAGAUCGUCUCCCUCAAAGUGCGGUUGAUUGACGAUAUCGUACGGAAGAUCAACAACCACCUCCCUCCUCAUAUAAGGAUUCUCGGAUUCAAAAGGGUCACCGGAGGGUUCAACUCCAAGAAUAAAUGCGACGCCCGGACCUACUCUUAUAUGCUGCCAACGUUUGCCUUUGCACACAAGGACCGUGAGCCUCAGGACGAGUCCUUCCGCCUGAGCUCGGAGACCCUGGCCACCGUCAACAGACUGCUGAGCUGCUACAAAGGGACUCACAACUUCCACAACUUCACCUCCCAUAAAGGCCCCAAGGAUCCGAGUGCCAAGCGCUACAUCAUGGAGAUCUGCUGCCAAGAGGCCUUUGUGAGGGAAGGGCUGGAGCUGGCCGUGAUCACGGUCAAGGGCCAGAGUUUUAUGAUGCACCAGAUCCGGAAGAUGAUUGGCUUGGUGAUCGCCAUCAUCAAGGGCUACGCCCCGGAGGCGAUCUUGGAGCGGAGCUGGGGGGAAGACAAGGUGGACGUUCCCAAAGCUCCCGGACUGGGCCUGCUCUUGGAACGGGUCCACUUCGAAACCUACAACAAACGUUUCGGGAACGACGGGCUCCACGAAGCCCUGGAAUGGGCGGAAGAAGAGCCGAAGAUUGCAGACUUCAAGGAAAAAUAUAUCUACCCCACGAUUAUAAGCACGGAGAAAGAAGAGAAGUCUAUGGCAAACUGGCUGGAGACGCUGUCCAACCAUGAGUUCAACUCCACCGCCUCUGAGAUGCAAGUGGACAGCAGGGGCUCCAAGAACGAUCCUGAAGGCAGCGAUGGAUGUGGUGGAGAUGAUUCGGACUAAGCCCUAGCAGGGCAAAGCCUCACGGAGGGAGGUAAGACCCAGCGAUCCCAAGCUGCCUGCCCGGGAAUCGGAGACUUUCUCCGUAAGGGUGGCAUUUACGCACAAGGCCCAUGAGAAGUGAUCAGGCUGGCUUAAGAAUGGCUGAAAGGACCCUUGAAAGGGGCUCUUUAUCUCCGAUGACAGCGGACGAAGGGGAGAUACAUCGGCUAGCCAUAACGGGCCACACCUUAUCCUUCCUAAAAGAAGACUCUCUUGUUUUUCUGUUUUUAAGCAUCAGCUGAAUUGUGGUCACUUUGCUACCAGAAAUAUAUAGGAGAAAAUCUUUCAUGGGUGGACUCAUAAUAUUCAUCAGGACAAGGUGGUAAUAAUAUACAUGCAUAUGAUUACUAUCUCGUGCAUUAUUUUGAUAUUAUUUUCGAAAGACCACAGUGUCUUGCCCUCUUCUGAGGUUUCUGUAGCUGUGCUUCUUUUAAUCAGGCCAAGGAAUAACUGACCUCUUCUCUUAACUGCUGUGUGUUUUGUCUCUUGGCACCCAGAGGUAAGGACAAGAAUCGAAAGAAUUCUGUUAUUUUCCUUUUCUUUCUUUUUUAUUUUUUAAAGAACUGAAAUAAACUAUCUUCCAGAUGGCUUU